GAUUCCCUCUUGCCCAAUAUUCUUUUUACAAUCAAAUAUAAACCCAAGCAAUUAGAAUUGCCGGAGCUAUUUCCUCACGGUCACAGUUGUGCUGUAUGUGGCAAAGUCAAAUGCAAGAGGCACAGACCUACUUUGCUUCUGGAAAACUAUCAGCCAUGGCUGGAUCUGAAAGUGCCUUCCAAGGUUGAUGCAUCACUCUCGGAGGUGCUUGAGUUGGUCCUGGAAAACUUUAUUUAUCCAUGGUACAGAAAUAUUACUGAUGAUGAAUCCUCAGUGGAUGAACUGAGAGGCACGCUGCGUUUUUUUGCAUCUGUAUUAGUUCGGAGAAUUCACAAGGUGGAUAUUCCAACUGUUGUAACAAAGAAAAUGCUCAAGGCAGCAAUGAAACACAUCGAAGUGAUAGCCAAGGCCAGGCAGAAAGUAAAAAAUGCAGAAUUUUUGCAGCAAGCUGCUUUAGAAGAAUAUGGGCCAGAACUCCAUGUUGCUUUGAGAAGCCGAAGAGAUGAACUUCACUACUUAAGAAAACUUACUGAACUUCUUUUUCCUUAUAUUUUGCCACCCAAGUCAACAGAGUGCAGAUCCCUGGCUCUCCUGAUACGAGAGAUUCUGCCUGGUUCUGUAUUCCUUCCCUCAAUGGAUUUCUUAGCUGAUCCUGAUACUGUCAACCAUUUGCUGCUGAUCUUCAUUGAUGAUAGUCCACCUGAGAAAGCAACUGAACCUACUUCUUCAUUGGUUCCAUUCCUUCACAAAUUUGCAGAGCCAAGAAAUAAAAAACCAUCUGUCCUGAAACUGGAGCUAAAGGAGAUUAGAGAUCAGCAAGACCUUUUAUUUCGGUUUAUGAACUUCCUGAAACAGGAAGGAGCAGUCCAUGUGCUGCAGUUCUGCCUGACUGUGGAGGAGUUCAAUGACCGAAUUUUGCGACCAGAACUAUCAGAUACUGAAAAGAUGUCUCUUCAUGAGGAAGUACAGAAAAUUUACAAAACUUACUGUUUGGAUGAAAGCAUUGACAAAAUUAGAUUUGACCCUUUUAUUGUGGAAGAGAUUCAAAGAAUUGCUGAAGGUCCUUAUAUGGAUGUUGUGAAACUUCAAACUAUGAGGUGUCUUUUUGAAGCUUAUGAGCAUGUACUUUCUCUACUUGAGAAUGUUUUUACUCCUAUGUUCUGUCACAGUGAUGAGUACUUCAGGCACCUUUUAAGAGGAGCAGAGUCACCAACACGCAAUUCGAAGUUUAACAGAAGUAGCCUGAGUUUGGAUGACUUCCGGACCACACAGAAGAGAGGAGAAUCAUUUGGAAUCAGCAGAAUAGGCAACAAAAUAAAAGGUGUAUUCAAGAGUUCUGCAAUGGAAGGAGCUAUGUUGCCUAACUAUAACUUAAAUGAAGGAGAAGAUGACUUUAUUGAAGAAGGCGUUAUGGUGAUGGAAGAUGAUUCUCCUGAGGAGGCUAUUAGUACCCCAAAUACACCCCGCAACCUUGCCGCAUGGAAAAUUAGCAUCCCAUAUGUAGAUUUUUUUGACGAUCCCUCCUUGGAAAGAAAAGACAGAAAGGAGAGAAUUCCUGUGUUCUGCAUUGAUGUAGAGAGAAAUGAUAGAAGGGCAGUUGGGCAUGAACCUGAACACUGGUCUGUCUACAGGAGGUAUCUUGAAUUUUAUGUGCUUGAGUCGAAGCUAACAGAAUUUCAUGGUACUUUUCCUGAUGCUCAGCUUCCCUCAAAGAGAAUCAUUGGCCCCAAGAACUAUGAGUUCUUAAAAUCCAAGAGAGAGGAGUUUCAGGAAUAUCUGCAGAAACUUUUGCAACAUCCAGAACUAAGUAACAGCCAGCUUUUAGCUGACUUCCUGUCCCCUAAUGGAGGAGAGACUCAGUUUCUUGAUAAAAUGUUGCCUGAUGUGAAUCUUGGUAAAAUUAUAAAAUCUGUUCCAGGAAAGCUGAUGAAAGAGAAAGGUCAGCAUUUGGAGCCAUUCAUCAUGAAUUUUAUCAACUCCUGUGAAUCUCCCAAGCCUAAACCAAGUAGGCCUGAACUUACUAUUUUGAGUCCCACUUCUGAAAACAACAAGAAGCUUUUCAAUGAUUUAUUCAAGAAUAAUGCAAACCGGUCUGAGAAUACAGAAAGACGACAAAAUCAGAACUACUUCAUGGAAAUGAUGACUGUAGAAGGAGUCUAUGACUACUUAAUGUAUAUUGGUAGGGUAGUUUUCCGCAUUCCUGACUGGCUGCAUCACCUCUUGAUGGGAGGAAGAAUUCUCUUCAAAAAUACAUUGGAACUGUACACUGACUAUUACUUGCAUUAUAAGUUAGAACAGCUAUUUCAGGAGCACCGGCUGGUUUCUCUGAUAACGCUGCUGAGAGAUGCUGUGUUCUGUGAGAAUACCGAACCUCGCUCUCUCCAGGAUAAACAGAAGCGAGCAAAGCAGACUUUUGAAGAAAUGAUGAGAUACAUUCCAGAUUUAAUAGGCAAGUGCAUUGGGGAAGAGGCUAAAUACGAAGGCAUCAGGCUUCUGUUUGACGGACUGCAGCAGCCAGUGCUCAACAAACAGUUAACUUAUGUUCUGCUGGACAUUGGGAUUCAAGAACUCUUUCCAGAGCUGAGUAAGGGUCCAAAGGAAGCUAGCUCUGUGUCAUGUUGGAUGUGAAUGCAGGGACCUUGCUGGACACCCAGUAGAAACACCCGCUGUGCACUAUUGUAAUGGACAUGUGACAUUUUAACCUUGCAUUGUAUAUUUUCUUGUAAAUAACAUAAAAUUUAAGUUCUAAAAAAUCUCCUUAUGCAAUAAAGACAUUAAAAUUUAAUACCAAUUACA